AUGUAGUAGCCGGUUAUGGUGGCUGUGUGUGUUUGUCCAUGAGGUGGUGUGGGACGCCUGCUGUUCCUGCGGUCUGUCACAGAGCGAUUCGAGCGGCUCGCUGCCAUGGCUGGAGUGUUUGACAUUGACUUGGACCAGCCGGAGGAAAAUGUCUCCGAUGAUGAGAUCGAGGAGGCUCAGAUUGGUGACAUCAUGGAGCAGUGCGCUGGAUUUGACUUCAACAUGGAAGGCUGCGAGAAAAUUGAGAUCUCCGAGGAUAACGUGAAUCAGGGCACAGAGAACAUCCGUCCUGAGUGCUUCGAGCUGCUUCGGGUCCUCGGCAAAGGUGGAUAUGGGAAGGUUUUUCAAGUCCGCAAAGUCGUCGGAGCUGCAGCAGGCAAAAUAUUUGCCAUGAAAGUUUUGAAGAAGGCUAUGAUCGUACGCAAUGCUAAAGACACAGCUCACACCAAGGCAGAGAGGAACAUUCUGGAGGAAGUGAAGCAUCCCUUUAUUGUCGAUCUCAUCUACGCCUUCCAGACGGGAGGGAAGCUGUACCUCAUCCUGGAGUAUCUCAGUGGAGGAGAGCUCUUCAUGCAGCUGGAGAGGGAGGGGAUCUUCAUGGAGGACACAGCCUGUUUUUACCUAGCAGAAAUCUCCAUGGCUCUGGGUCAUCUGCACCAAAAAGGCAUCAUUUACAGAGACCUGAAACCUGAGAACAUCAUGCUCAACAGUCAAGGUCACGUAAAACUGACUGACUUUGGUUUGUGUAAAGAAUCCAUUCAUGAUGGAACAGUCACUCACACUUUCUGUGGAACUAUUGAAUACAUGGCUCCAGAGAUCUUGAUGAGAAGUGGGCACAACAGAGCAGUGGACUGGUGGAGUCUGGGCGCUCUGAUGUACGACAUGCUCACAGGAGCGCCUCCUUUCACCGGUGAGAACCGUAAAAAGACCAUCGACAAGAUCUUAAAGUGCAAACUCAGCCUUCCACCCUACCUCACACAAGAAGCCAGAGAUCUCCUCAAACGGUUGCUAAAGAGAACCGCCUCAUCACGGCUGGGAGCAGGACCAGGAGAUGCUGCAGAAGUGCAGGCUCAUCCUUUCUUUCGACACAUCAACUGGGAGGACUUGCUGGCUCGCAAAGUGGAGCCCCCCUUCAAGCCCAUCCUGCAAUCGGCCGACGAUGUGAGUCAGUUUGACUCGAAGUUCACGAGUCAGACGCCAGUGGACAGCCCGGAUGAUUCUACACUCAGUGAGAGUGCAAACCAAGUCUUCCUGGGUUUUACCUAUGUUGCUCCAUCAGUCCUGGAUAACAUCAAAGAGAGGUUUUCAUACGAGCCAAAAAUCCGCUCACCUCGGCGGAUUAUGGACAGCCCGAGAGCACUUCUGAGCCCAGGGUGGGCUCGCAGCCCCCUCCUCCCUGGCUUAGGACCAAAUGUCCUCCCGUCUCCUCAGGAGCAGGCUAUGGACGUGUCCUCCGUGGAGCAGAUGGACAUCACGAGCAGCUCCGAGGCUUCGGCCCCUCUUCCCAUCCGCCAGCCAGCCGGGAUCAACCAGAUGAAGCAGCAGGCCUACCCAGUGGUGGCCAAGCGGCCCGAGCAUUUGCGCAUGAACCUAUGACCUCUCUUUUUGUUAUUUUUUUUAAACAAAGGAUCAAAGAAAACCGUAUGGAUGCUCGAGACAAUGAAGAUCUUAAAAACUUCACACUAGUUAUCGCAUCACAGGCUGGAGUUUGUGCGUGCUUCAGCCACGUUGCUAAGAUGACCUCACCGUCUCACUGCUUCUCCUCGGACACUUCUCGUCUGUUGACCUCCGUCUUCUCAUAUUUUGAGACGCAAAAACAAAUCUGAGGCGAUUAUUUAUCAUGUGGCAGGCUUUGAACUSAAACAGUCAGUUCUGUGUACUGUAGGAUGUCCAAAGUGUUUUUGGAUAUUUCAGUGAACGCCACUGAAAAAACUAAAUCUGUCGGAAAGAUUGUGACACUUCCAGGCUCCAACUGAAUUACUAUAAAUGGAGACUGUGACGAGCAGCCAGAGGCUCUGUCAUUGAUUGGAGUAGCUUUGUUUUAUAGUCUUACAGAGUGGAUGCAUUAAAUGAGAUAUAGAUCAUGUGA